AUGGGGAGCAACAGCAGAACCUCCUCCUUCUUCCUCCUCCUCCUCUUUCUUUUUGCGUCACAACCAUGCUGUAAACCAGCCGUCGCUUCUCCCGGGCGAUGGAGGACGGCCUGCAACGAGACAGAGGGCGGUGGUAGCCGAUGCAGAGUGGAGGUGGAAGGGAAGGGGGAGGAAGCGGAAGAGUUUCAGUUCGAUUCAGAGAUCAGCAGAAGACUCCUCGCCGGAAGUGACUCCCGCGGAGUCAGUUAUGCUGGUCUGGACCCAAAUAAGCCGAUCUGUUAUAGUCAAAAUGGCCAGCCGUACAACUGUGCUGGGCGUUCUGGAAACCCACCCAGCCGGGGCUGUAGUAUUUAUCAGCAAUGUCGAGUUGGUGGAUGA